UGUAGUACAACUGUUUUAAAGUAUAUUGUAAGGCGGAAGACUUACGUUGAUCAUCAAUUACUGUCCCAAUGUAGUGCUCAAUUACACGAUGGAGGUUUAAACAGUGAGGAUAAUGUUUUGUUUAAGCAGUGGCAUGGGUAUUCAUCGGUAAAUAUCGGUAGGUUUGAAAAUCCUACCUCGGAUAGGUGGGUGACUUUCCAAUGGGCUAUGACGGGUGUCCUCUGCAUUUUGUCGCCAGUGAUUUGUGUGUGAAGUUUUGAAACUUUCAAGCAAAUGCAUUUUCUGUGGAGUGUUCCUACAUACUUGAAACGUCAUGUCGCGGCCUAAUGCAAAACAUGACCAGCCACCUCCAGUGGCUCCUAAAACUCGAAAGGAGUCGAAACACUGGAGCCAGCGGAUACAAGAAACGGUUGUGUCCGCUGUCCCGGAGGAGGGACUGGGUGUAACAAUCACGGGCGGGGCGGAUAACGGGCAAUUCUGCUGUAUAAGUGACAUAUCACACGAUCAACUGACUUAUCAUAGUGGUAGAUUACACGUGGAUGAGAUUUUACUGGAAAUACAAGGACAAAAAAUAGCAGGAUAUACAUUGAGAGAUGCAACCAUCUGGCUCAAGCAAGUUAGUCAAAAUGGGGCACCUGUUAUGAUCAAAACUGUCAAAAUUGGUAUGUUACCGAGAGACCUGAGACAAUUCUUGACAACAAGGUUUCAGAAAGGUUCAGUUGAUCACGACCUACAGCAAACUAUUCGAGACAAUUUGUAUCUGCGUACCGUCCCAUGUACUACACGUUCUCCUAAACCAGGAGAAGUUAACGGGGUUGACUAUACCUUCCUCUCCUUAGAAGAGUUCCAUGAACUGGAGCGUAAUGGCAGUCUCCUAGAAAGCGGUAUUUAUUAUGGAAACAACUAUGGUACACCUAAACCCCCUAAAGAUCCCACUGGACCCAUACGGAGGUCAGGCUCCACAGGAAAUUCUGGUCCUGGACAAUUCCCCUCUUCUGAUGGGAAACGGAAACGAAAUAGAAGUAAUACAGAUAAUGGGUCUUCAAAAUCAUCACCAGUUCCCUUCAAUGAAGAACCUCCGGGACCAACCCAUCGGAAAAAGUCCCUGGAGAAGGCACACAGUUCUGGAGACCUUGGACCCUUGCCUCCUAACUGGGAAAUGGCUUAUACAGAAGAAGGACACCCAUAUUUUAUAGACCAUGAGACGGAGAACACACAUUGGUUAGACCCCCGAUUAGCCCAUCUACAGAAACAGUCGGCCAAGGAAUGUUCAGAUAAUGGCCAGUCGACCGACUCAGAAGAAUUGCCCUUUGGUUGGGAGAAAGUUGAGGAUCCACAUUUUGGAACAUACUUUAUUGACCAUGUGAACAGACGAACACAGUAUGAGAACCCAGUGGCUGCCGCCAAGAAACAGCAAGGAAAUGAUCUAAAUAGCACUCUACCUCGCACAAAGAAAAGUCAGGAUCAAGCAAAGAGGUCCGCCAGUGAUACCAAUAUGAGCAGCCGAGGAGCGCCACCUGAGUACAGCAGCCACCACCCUGGAGCUGGGCGCCGGAGGAGAGAACGGAGAUUCACCAAGAUUCCUACUGACCUGAAGGGUGAGUUGAAAAAGACAACGCUGGUGAAAAGUAUACGAGGAUUAGGGUUUACAAUCAUCGGGGGAGACCGUGCUGACGAAGAGUUCCUACAGAUAAAGAAGGUGGUUGAGAACGGUCCCGCCCAUCAAGAUGGAGUGCUCAAAACAGGUGAUGUUCUUGUCUACGUAGAUGGUAACAAUGUGUUAGGAUAUACUCAUCAAGAUAUAGUCAACCAGUUCCAAACCAUUCCUCCUCAUCAGACGGUGAAUUUGGAGAUCUGUCGUGGUUACUCGUUGCCCUUCGAUCCAGAGGAUCCUAAUACAGAGAUUAUUGUGACAGUUGCUGUGACGCUACCCCAAGGGGACACGCCCACAAGCUGUGCACCACCCUCAUAUUCUUCAGCUAAUGACUUUGAUUAUUUAUUAAAUACCUCAGCGAAAAGUUUAAAAUCACUGCCUGACCUCACACGGUCAACAAAUAACAAUUCAUCAGAUGCUCUGUCACAUGGAAAUAGUGGUAAUCUAAAUAGUGAUAUUACACCGGAUGUGCUGACGUUGUUUAAUUCUCGACCAGUAAUAUUAUCAAUGAAUAUUGUGCGGGGGGAAAUGGGGUUUGGUUUUACGAUUGCUGAUAGUCAUUUUGGACAAAAAGUAAAACAGAUUCUGGACAAGCCUCGGUGUAAGACGUUACAGGAAGGUGAUAUUCUACAGGAAAUUAAUGGUGUUAAUGUUAAAGACAUGUCACACAGUGAAAUUGUGGGUGUUCUCAAGGAGUGUCCACAAGGUCAGGAAACGAAAAUCAUUGUCCAAAGGGGAGGACUACCAAUGAAAAGUAAAAAACCUAUGAAACCGUCACAUUCACCAGAGGAUGGUUCCAGUCUCACCAACUCUCAACCGGGGGCUUACUUCUUUGAGAAUGGAGGGGACCCAAGUAUGUCAGGUAAGAAUCACAAAAAUAUGGCCGGCGGGGAUGAAACUCGUAUAGAUAAAGAAAACAGAGAUGAAGUGGAUUCCUCAACACGUCCAAAAACGCCAACACAUUAUGAUGGACGACCAAAAACUCCUUCAUCCAACGAUAACCGACCAAAAACACCCACAAGGACAAUGGUAUCUAACAUUGAUAAUCGAAAUAAACCUAAUGUGGAUAAUCGUCAUCCAUUAUCAGAAAUGCAAAAUCGUGUUCAAUCAAAUGAUGAUAAUUCACGUGACUUUGGAAGUCAAGGUGUGGAACUCAAUCAGUCUAGGUCAUCGUCAGAGUUUUAUAGUAAUUCCGGGAGUUAUGACUUCAAUUCACGCCCCCCACCUGGACCAAGGUAUGACCAAAUGCGAAAUGAACAUCAGCGACCACACAGCCGUCAAGAAGGCUCGAGACAAAAUCACACUAUGCACAACAAUAGCUAUAACCACCAGGACAGGGACCGGACGGAUAGUCGGUUUGACCGUGGGGAUCAUGCCAAACCCGGCAUGUUACGUAGUCGGACUCCUGGCCCCGAGAUGUUCAAUAGUAGACAGGGGUCGGACUACAGAGGAGAUUCAAAUAGACCAAAGACUCCUACUGCCCAGGAUAUGAGGAGUAAAACCCCUGUCCCGGGGAUGACGUAUGGGGGUAAUCUUGACUUUUUAAUGCAUGGGUCACGUAAUCACAACUCAAUGGGGAUGAAUGGGACAUCUAGACAGGGGGGUUACUCUGGUUACCAGAGGCCACAGUGGGGCCACCACAAUUCUGUCGAUUAUCCUGGUUCUCCCCCAGUGCAACGGAGGGGUGAUGGUCUGCACGACACUUUUGACAAUCGGCCAUUUGGAAAUGGCAUGAACAAUUUCUCUGCAGCAAUGGGUGCUGGACGCCCACCACGGCAGAGUACCUCUUUUGAGGAGGUUGAACCCUCCCCUAGUAACCUCAUGAGGGUGCCAAGGAAAUUUUUACAGUCUAGUUCCUCCUUCAAUAGCCAAGCAUCUCUCAAUCAAUCACCACGGAUACCGCCAAGGUUUCCUAGUGAUGACAGUGGAUACAUGGUUUCCACUGUGACACUACAACGCCAGGAAACAGGAUUUGGUUUUAGAAUCAUUGGUGGAACAGAAGAAGGGUCUCAGGUGUCUGUCGGACACAUAGUGCCAGGUGGAUCAGCCGAUGUGGAUGGAAGGAUACGCACUGGUGAUGAAAUCACCCAUGUGGACAAUUUCUGUGUUGUGAACUGCUCCCAUCACCAGGUAGUGCAACUUAUGAGUCGAGCGGGUAUUGGUGGACGUGUUUCUCUGAGUAUACGGAGACAAAUGACUCCCCACAGUGGCGAUCACCAUGGUCAUGUGGCAGACAGCUACCCAUAUGAGGUGACAGUUACUCGACGACAAACAGAAGGGUUUGGUUUUGUUAUCAUUUCAUCUGUAACCAAAUCGGGGUCCACCAUAGGUGAGUUCAUCGACACAGGGGUAGUUAAAGACUGGUUAGAUAGAAAAAAUCAAUACCCAUGGAUUGGUCGUAUAUUAGAGAACAGUCCAGCAGAGCGAUGUGGUCAGUUACAUGUAGGAGAUCGUAUCCUGGCAGUCAACAAUGUGGAUAUCUCGCAUAUGCACCAUGAAGACAUUGUCAAUAUCAUUAAGGAGGCAGGCCUGGCAGUCACACUCACCGUGGGGUCACCACAAGAUGAUGCCUCCAGCACAGCAUCAACGUCACAAAGAAGUUCACAGGGUUCUAUGGUUAAUGCAAUGGCCUUUCCUGCUGUUGGUGAAAAUGAAUUAAGAAGAAAUCCUCCCCCAGCUGAGAGGUUAAAAGACCUGGCAAGACAACGUAGCUUCCCUAACCAACAUAGUCCAGAAGAUGAGGAACUCUAUACAGUGGAGCUCCCACGGGGGUCACGAGGAUUUGGGUUCUCAAUCCGAGGGGGACGGGAGUUCAACAGUAUGCCGUUAUUUGUAUUACGGAUAGCAGAAGGGGGUUCUGCUGAUCUUGAUGGACGAUUAAGGGUUGGAGAUCAAAUCCUGGAGAUCAAUAACUGUAGAACAGAUAGUAUGAACCAUUCUGAAGCCAUAGAUAUCAUCCAAAAUGGAGGUCCUACAGUCCGAUUGUUUGUGAAGAGGACGGGCAAACUGCCACCAAGCUUUGAACCCAAUAAUCCAAUGAGUGGAAGGUACACAAAUCAGGGAGUCCCUAUGGCCAAUGGUCCAAUAGGCCAAAGUUCACCGUACCUUGGGAGGAGGAAUUUGGAUCUACGUGAUGAACAGAUGUUUUACAACAAUUAUCAAGGAGGAAAGCAAUACCAAAAUUACUGAGGAUACAGAGUCAGGAAAACUAGGCUCUGUCGUACACCAUCACAGGUGUAAAAUUACUGAGGAUACAGACAGAGAAACUAGGCUCUGUCGUACACCAUCACAGGUGUAAAAUUACUGAGGAUACAGAGUCACUAGGCUCUGUCGUACACCAUCACAGGUGUAAAAUUACUGGGGAUACAGAGUCAGGAAAACUAGGCUCUGUCGUACACCAUCACAGGUGUAAAAUUACUGGGGAUACAGAGUCACUAGGCUCUGUCGUACACCAUCACAGGUGUAAUACUGCUGAUGGUUGGCUGAUAAUUCUCCCUGUCAAGGCUGUCUGUUGUUUACUGGAUACUCGGCCGUGAGUAACUACAUUGAGUUGUAGGAAUGGUGUUUACUGGAUACUCGGCCGUGAGUAACUACAUUGAGUUGUAGGAAAGGAAACAGGACUGUCUACGACAAGUUGAGUGGCACAAACAGCCCAUUUGUGCUAGGAAGUAGAAGGCCAUGUAUGCUGGUGAAGUAAGGAUCUUCCUGGGAAUUUUCGGGAAGUAACUAUGAAAGAAAACAGAAGGAUACAGAAAGUUGCAAAGAGAUAGAGAAAAGUCACAAAGAUCCUUUUGUUGUUGAAUAUAUAAAUAGGGAAUGUCCUCAUGUUAGAUUUAGUUAAAUAACCUGAUCCAAGGGAGAUAAAGCAGAUUUUUUAAAACGAAAUCAGGAAAAGAACAAGGAUUGUGAAGAUAAGAUACCUGUACAAGGUAAUUGUACUGUUUAUCUAGAAUAUGUCGUACAGGUAUUGUCUAGACACCUGUUGAGACAGAUGUAAAAUUCUAUGUAAGUAUUGACGGAAUAUCUAACUUUUGUAGUGUUUAAGAGCUGUCACAUGUAGACAUUUGUAACUAGACAAAAGGUUCUAUAGCUGGACAGAGGUCUAUAACUGGACAGAGGUCUAUAGCUGGACAGAGGUCUAUAACGAGUUCCGAUAUAAUCUACCUGGGUAGUCGUGAGAACCCUGUAUACUGAAAAUAGUUUGAUGAUCACAUAUAUAUUUUAAAGUUUAUUCAAAUGUUUCCUUAUUCUGUUUUUUCAGAAUUUGUAGGAAGUUUUCUAUCUAUCACAGUAAAAUGCCUAAGUUGUACGUGUGGGAUUAAAUAAAGUAAGACCGACACUCAAGCUGUUGGUUAUAAACCUUGUCAGGACAUUGUAAGGUCACAGGAAAAACUACUUGGUUAUUUUAAGGGUUUUGUUGAUCUUUGUAUUGAUGCUCAAUGUUUCCAAGGUUUUGGUAAAUGGUGAGGGUGACACAUUUAAAAAUCUUUCUGUUUUAGGUACUCGAACAGAACUAUUAGUUUAUUAAAUCAUAUUAACUGGCAGCUUAGUUUAACAAUAUGAGAAGAACAGGUUAAUUGAAUAAAUCAUAUAUUGGUUAGUGAUAGGUGUUCUAUAUACUCCUCAACAUAUCACAUCUGUAGAAUAUCUUACAUGAUAUAUUUAUAUAUAUUCAGUUUAUUUUGUUAAGGUUGUAGAUUGUUCCAAUCAAUUUGUAUCAUCUUAUUUAAUCACUAGAAUGAUGAGGAUAAUUCAGGGUGUUUGAUGGAGUGUGUCUGCUAUAUAGCGACGGUCGCGUGUGUCUGCUAUAUAACGACGGUCGCGUGUGUCUGCUAUAUAGCGACGGUCGCGUGUGUCUGCUAUAUAGCGACGGCCGCGUGUGUCUGCUAUAUAGCGACGGCCGCGUGUGUCUGCUAUAUAGCGACGGCCGCGUGUGUCUGCUAUAUAGUGACGACCGAGUGUGUCUGCUAUAUAGCGACGGUCGCGUGUGUCUGCUAUAUAGCGACGGCCGCGUGUGUCUGCUAUAUAGCGACGGCCGCGUGUCUGCUAUAUAGCGACGGCCGCGUGUGUCUGCUAUAUAGCGACAACAGAGUGUCUGCUAUAUAGCGACGACUGCGUGUGUCUGCUUUAUAGGGACGACCGCGUGUGUCUGCUAUAUAGUGAUAACAGAGUGUGUCUGCUAUAUAGCAAUGAUGGAGUGUGUCUGCUAUAUAGUGACGGCAGUGUAUAUCUGCUAUACAGUGAAGAUGACAUGUUUCUGCUAUAUAGUGAAGACGGAGUGUGUCUGCUAUAAAGAGACAGAGUUUGAUUUAUAGUGUUGCUAGUUUUUUACCGACGACAGAAUAUCUGCUGUAUAGCGACAACGAAGUAUCUUCCUUGUUGUUUUCGAUAGAUAUACAGUAAUAUUACAUUUAAUUAUCAGCAAGGUUUCGUUCACAGUUAUAUCUAUUUAGACAUAAACAGGUGUUGAUGGGUAUUUCUGGAGUUUUGAUAAUGAAUACCCAGUAAGUUUUACAGACACCUAAUGCCUCUUCAAACUAUGGAUAACUUCAUUAAAAUAACCUGUGACAAAGUGAGCUUCAGACUAAAGUGACAUUCAUGCAAAAAUUGAAAUAGUUAUUGUAUUUCUGUGAAGGCAUUCAGAGCUCAGUUGUGAGAAUUGUGAUAAGGAAGGAGAGUUUAAAUGUCUAUGUGAUAGAAGCUUGUUUCUCUAUGCAUUUGUAGUAUACAAACAUAUCAGUAAUUUUACAAAUUGACCGUCAGAUGUCCAGUAGAAACAUGUUUAAUGAGUCUGGGUGAUGUUACUAUCCAUGGUGUCUGGAAUAAGGAAUGAGCUUGUUAUGUCACAGAGGGAUUUAUAUUUUCACUGAUAUCAAGGACAAUGUUUAAAAUUUAUGUUCUUUUGAAUUUUUAUCUUAAUAGCAGAUUUACAAAGCUGACCAAAAUAGGUUAAGCUGACCAAAAUAGGUUAAAGGUCAAACAGUAAUCAUUGUUUAAAAAGCUCUAGAUAAAAAUUUCUGUUUUACCUUUCAUUAUAAAGCAUUGACCAAAAAAUUAUAUAAUGUAUAGGAUCUAAGGUAUUUCUUCUUAAUAACAAUUAGUUAAUAUAACUAUACAAUGUAAGUUGAAAAAAUGUUGAAGCUUUUUUCUUCCUUAAAUAUUACCGGAGAAUUCAAUUAUUGUAUUUGAAAAUUGGUAGGUAAUUAUUGUUGGUAAGAUGAUAAUGAGUUGGCAGAAAACAGUCGUCAAUAUCUCCUUAAUUAUAACUAUAACAGUGAAAACCAAACAAUGUAAGGCAAUUUUAAGAUUUAUAUAUUACAUUGGUAGUCGUUUCUGUGAAUAUCAUAGAUCCUAUGACUUUCAUAUUUUUGUACUUUAUAUUUAUUUUUCAUAGAAAACAUACAAUAUUAAUUAUAGGUGAUAUUUAAUGUCAUAAACAUAUUAAGAUCUAUGCAAAUAAAAAACUCAAAAUAAUGAAACUUUGGUAUGUCGAUAGAAAUUGGCUUCAAUCAAUCAAGCUCGUAAAUAAAAACUACAUAUUGUAGUUAAUAUAUUACUCAUAACUUACUAUCGGAUACAAAUUUGAAUAUUAGGUAUAAAUAUUAUUAUAGCAAAUUAACAGUAAACAUUAUAAGUUCAUUAAUACUUUGGUGUAACCUUGAUAACACACUUGGAGGCGGAGGUUCCACUUCCUGUAUGGGGUUUUCUCCAGGUACGGGGUUUUCUCCGGUUUCUGGGUUUUCUCUUGGUUGCAUCCCACAGUAAGAUGCCUUGGGUGCUUCCAUCCGGCCAACAAGCAUUAUUGAUAUAAGUUGAUAAACUUGUUUCGCAGUAGUUGUAAAAUUAAUAAUGUUUACAUUUGACAUCGAUACUUUAAUGUUUAUAUAUAUCCAGAUUAGUUCAGGUAUAUAUUGUCUGUAAGUUAUUUAAAAAAAAAAAGAGGAAAAAAUGUCAAAGCUUACAAGAAUGCUUAGAUUGGCUAUGAUCAAACAUAUCUUAACAAGACUGCUUGGACCUGGUAAUGAACAAAGAAUUGGAAAAACUAGAAGUCUUUCACAGAAUAUUUGAUAUUUUUGUCAUUGGUUGUACUGAAAUUGUGAUUUAUCUACAUGCAUUUGUAUUUGUGAAAUUUUUAGUUGAUUAUGCAGAGCCAGUAUUUAAUUUUUAAGUUAAAUUCUACAAUGUGUUUCAUCCAAUUGUUUUGAUAUUCCAAAGAAAAAGUUGGAAUAUUGUUACUCUUUCAUAUACAUGUAUCAUGGAAUUUUUUUACUGGAUAUUGACGAAGCAUUGGUUAUCACUGAACUGCAGUAUAUUUGGGUAGGCAGACACAGGAUUAUAUCUUGAUAAAUAUAUCUAAAGGCGUUUGAGGCAUUUGUGAUGAUUGCCUGAUGCUUUUGUCUGAAGUUAGAUAUCUGCUGAUCUUACACCGUCUAUAGAUAAAUUGUUAGGAGAUGGAUAACCCAUGUAGAAUAUCUCAAAACAAUAUCGACAAGUGUGGAGGAGAUUUAGCUUCUGUGGAUGAAACACAUCGUAGGAUGACUGUCUGUACUAAUGAGUGGGGUAUACAUGUAAUGUCUGUGAUCUUACAGUAUUUUGAAAUUAUCUUUACAUUGUAGUCCAAAUCACUCACUUUUUGGUCACUUUUAGGUAGUUGUUUCUCUGUGAGUGGAUUUUAGUCUGUUUAGUACAUGUAAUGCUAGAUGUUAUCUGGCCGAUAGUGAUUAGUGAUACAGUGUAAUGCUAGAUGUUAUCUGGCCAAUAGUGAUUAGUGAUACAGUGUAAUGCUAGAUGUUAUCUGGCUGAUAGUAAUUAGUGAUACAGUGCUAUCUCUGGUUUUGUUAUCCGGCCUAUAGUGAUUAGUGAUACAAUGUAAUGCUAGAUGUUAUCUGGCCAAUAGUGAUUAGUGAUACAGUGUAAUGCUAGAUGUUGUCUGGCCGAUAGUGAUUAGUGAUACAGUGUAAUGCUAGUUGUUAUCUGGCCGAUAGUGAUUAGUGAUACAGUGCUAUCGAAGGUUUUGUCUGGCUGAUAGUGAUUAGUGAUACGAUGCUAUCCCUGGUUUUGUUAUCCGGCCGAUAGUGAUUAGUGAUACAGUGUAAUGCUAGAUGUUAUCUGGCCGAUAGUGAGUAGUGAUACAGUACUGUCGCUGGUGUUAUCCGGCCGAUAGUGAUUAGUGAUACAGUGCUAUCGAAGGUUUUGUCUGGCCGAUAGUGAUUAGUGAUACAGUGCUAUCGAAGGUUUUGUCUGGCUGAUAGUGAUUAGUGAUACGAUGCUAUCGCUUGUUUUGGUAUCCGGCCGGUUGUGAUAUCGGUGAUACAGUGCUAUCGCUGGUUUUUGUGAUAAAAUCAUAUUCUUGCCAUGGUCCACCAUUGGAGUAGUGUUAGUGAAUGGUACUGGGUAGGGUCAGUGUAUAUAUCUGAUUUGUGUAGAAUUUAGGAGACAUUACAUACAGUGUAGUUAGGCUAGUAAUAACAAAGACAUUCAAUAUAGAGAUUACAUACAGUGUACUAGUUAGGCUAGUAAUAACAGACAUUCAAUAUAGAGAUUACAUACAGUGUAGAUAGGCUAGUCAUAACACAGACCAAACCAAAACCACUGGUAACUUAUUGUAUAAGUCAUUGUGUACAUAUCCUCUAGCACAAGGCUAGUGGUUUUCAUGCCAGGGUUAGCCGUUGUUUUCAAUAUUUACCAUGAAAAUAUAAGUGGUUGAAUUUUUCAAAAUCAGUUUGAUGGCUUGUACCUUCAAUAUGAAAUUAGAUGCUUCUCAUUUAAACUGAUAAUAGGUUUGUUCAGAGAAAUGUUUUUCAAACUUUUUCUUAUAAAAUAUUUUACAAAAUACUCAUUGCUUAUACUGUGCACAAAAUAAUAUUGAAAUUAUUUGAAUAACAUAACUUCAUAUUGGUAAAGAUAUAGCCUCAAAUAGAAGGGGCAUUCACUUCAAAGUUUUGAAACAUCAAACAUUAUCAAGUGGAGCAAAAUUUUCAUACGAUUAUUUUCAAAAUGCUGUAUAAAUACAUAGAGCAUGAUAUCAGGUAUGAGUGUAGUGUAUUUGUAUGAUAUCGGGUACGAGUGUAGUGUAUUUGUAUGAUAUCGGGUACGAGUGUAGUGUAUUUGUGUCUACAGAGUACUGGUCCGACUGUUUAAUAUAUUGACAUGGAAUCAUUGCGUCCACAAAGCUGAUCUGUCCACCUAUACAUGAGCUAUAUGUGUUUUUACUAUAAACCAGACAUGAUUUUAUUGUAUGGUUCGAUUUCGGUUGUGUUGUUAAGGUGAAAUCACUUUGUUAAGGAUAUUUGUGUAUCAGAUGUUCUGGGGAUGAUAUACAUGUUUUAACUCUUGAUUGUUAAAGAUACCUGUGUAUGUAUCAAAUGGAAACGGGACACAAUCUAUCAAUCAUUUUAUACCUAGUAUGGAACAAAUAUAACAUGUUAAAGAUGAUAUAGACCACAGUCUUUGGAAAUAAAUAAUAAAUUGAAACAGAGAAAUGAAAAAAAAUGUUUGAUGAUAUUUAAUCUAUGAGUAAAUAAAGUUUGAUGUGUAAAGAAGAGUUAAUAUAAUUAGCACACAGAAGGACUUAUUGGUAAAAAGCAUAUAGACAGGUGUGAAUGAUAUCUCUGUUUUAACGGGGAAAGUGCUGUGCAAGUGUUGACAACAUAUUCAUUGAUUAAAUGUGAUUAUGUGCAUGAUGAAUACAUUAGAUGUUCUUUGUUUUCACUGUAUAAAUGUAUAGCACACAUAUUCGUCCGUACAUUUUAACAAUAUUUUUAUACAUCUUGUAUAUAUAACUAGUGUAAAUGCCAUCAUGUAUUUUGUAAAAACUUGUUACUAAAGGUCGUAUCUGGUUUCAGAUAUUGCCAUCAUUGUAUCGGAGAAGCUAAAAGUCUUGUUUUUCACUUGAAAGUUUUUCCAAAUCAUACUAUUUUUGUAUGAUGAUUGAAUUGUAGCUACACGAUAAAUGAUGCUCAUUUUCCCCAUAUCACCAUCAUCUGUUAUCAUUAGUAAUUUAAGAAUGGUUUCCAUCAUAUUUGAAUAUACCUAUUUAAUUUAUGCAUGUAUUGAAUGCACUUGUGUAGUUAUAUAUAGAACUUAAAAUAAGGAAAUUUUAAUAAAUUCCAAACUCUGGUAGCAUACCUUGACUUUACAGCUGAUGUAUAUUUUAAUCAGAACUUUUUUCCCACAGGAAGUAAGUACUGAGUAAGCUUGCCAAAUACUCAGAUUUAAUAUAUUUUGUAACCAAUGAAAAACUGAAAUUUCAACUUUAAGCUUUUGAAAAAUUUAGAUAAGAUGAAAAUGAUACAAAGAUAUGGAAUUGGUAUGAUUCAGUGUCCGGUUUAAUUUUAUACAUUUCAUUGACAGUGUGUCGUGUUGAUGGGGUACAGUAUCUGUGAUGUUAUGUAUAGUCACAAUGUUGUAUGUACUAAAGGCUGGAGUAUACGCAAGACAACACUUACAUUAUUGUGCAUUUAAUAAAUUCAUAAAUAUUUCACAAAUGAUGUUAUUUUUAGAAAGACAAACAUUAGUGUUGUCCCAGAAAUCAGCCAUCAUUUUACAAUGUACAUAUAAAUCAUCAUGUUGACCUGGAGCAUUUUUGUAUAUGUACAGAAUCCUAUAAUAAAGUUACAUGAACAGGGA